UUUGACCCUCCCACGCAUCAUACUCUCAUAUAUCAAAUGCGACUGGCGCAUUAUACUCCACUUAUGCACUCCAACGGGCUCCAUUGAGCACUGGGUUGUCUCCGAGAGUCAGGGGAAAUUGAAGUGCAGAGACGAGAGGAGUAGUGGGUGGGGUAAUCUCUGGGCGCUGGGAGCGAAACCUCGCACAAGCCGAAACAUAAACAUUAAUGUCAGCAGCAGGAAGACUAUGUCA